UUAUAAUGAAAUUGACCAUCUUAUCAAUUAUAGUUGCCACUUGUUUUGUUUUCAAGUUGGCGGUGGCCGGAUUACCAGAAAACCCACCAAUUACUAAUAAAGUUUACUUUGAUAUUGUGGAAGAUGAACAACCAAUUGGUAGAAUUGUUAUUGGGUUAUUUGGAACGGUUGUUCCUAAGACGGUUGAGAAUUUCAGACAAUUAGCUGUUUCUGAAGAUGCUGAUUUUGGAUACACUGGAUCAAUUUUCCACCGUAUUAUUCCUAAAUUUAUGUUACAAGGGGGAGAUUUUGAAACUGGUCAAGGAUACGGGGGGAAAUCAAUUUACGGAGGCAAAUUUGAUGAUGAAAAUUUUGAAUUAAAACAUGAUAGACCAUACAGGUUAUCCAUGGCCAAUGCCGGUAAGAAUACCAACGGGUCGCAAUUUUUCAUUACUACAGUUGUUACCUCCUGGUUAAACAAUGCCCAUGUUGUAUUUGGAGAAGUUAUUGAAGGAUUUGAAGUUGUUGAUUAUAUGGAAAAAGUUAAAACUCAAAGAGGAGAUAGACCAGUGAAGGAAUUGAAAAUCAAACAAAGUGGAGAAUUGAAGGAGUCAAUUAAAGACGAACUUUAGAGAUUUAAUUUUAGAUUUAAUUGAUCAACGGUACUAUUUUUACCGUACAUUGGUAAAUCAUCCAAGUAA